AACUGAGUCUUGGCAUAGUCGUAAAUAAAAAAAAAAACAGUAUCAAAAUAUCUUAAUCGUCAAAUAUUACACUACACACGCUAAUGACUAAUUGUAUACAAAGGUAACGUCGUGUCGUCUCGAUAUCGUUUACGCUAUGGAUUUAAAACUACAACAUAAUAUAAUGCGCAAAUCUAUCAUGCCAAUUUUGGUUUGGGCUCUUGUCGGUUCGUCCAUACAACCUGCGUUGAAUGCCAGAAUUUUAGCCGUGGAGACAGUCGGAGGUAAAAGCCACUGGAACUUUAUGAGUGGUAUACUGAGGGCGUUGGUGAACAGCGGACACCACAACGUCACUGUGUUCACACCGUUUACCGACGGUAACCGCGAAAACUAUACCGAAGUGGAUACAACUUUAGAGGGGGCUAUACAAUUUAUGGACAUGGAUCUAAAACAGAUGAUGAGUAGAAGACUUACAAUAAUAGGUGAUUUUGUAAUGCUGAGUAGAAUUCAGUGUGAUCAAGUGUAUGAGAAUAGCAAAAUGAAAGAAGUGUUGGGGAGGGCGCGCACAGAAUUCGACAUUGUCAUUAUUGAAUACUUUGCGUCAGAUUGUGUGUCGUACAUUGCAACUAAGCUCAACUUGUCUUUGAUUUAUGUCACACCAUUGCCAGCCAAUGCCUUUAUGGAUCGCACAAUCACCGGUCACGUCUCAAAUCCGUCAACGGUCACGGAACUGUUUUCUAUGCAUGCGGUUUCUAAAACUUUCAUUCAGAGAUUAACCAAUAUAUCUUUACUAGUUUACUUAAAAAUUGUAAAACAAUACACAGAACUGAUUCUGAAAUACACUGAUCCGAAACAAUAUGAUUUGAUCGAAUCCAUCACACCGUCUUUGAUAUUCGCAAAUAGGCAUUUCAUUACCGAUGUGGCAAGUCCUAUACCGACACACGUUGUAGACAUCGGUGGAAUUCAUUUGAAGGCAGCUCAGAAGUUACCAGAAGAUAUUUUAGAAUUCAUUGAACAGUCACCACAUGGAGUUAUUUAUUUCACUUUUGGUUCGACCAUAAAAAUGUCUUCGAUGCCAGAACAAAUAAAAAAAGCGUUACUGGGAACAUUCGCACAAAUUCCUCAAAGAGUGUUAUGGAAAUAUGAAAACGAACUGGAAGACAUUCCGAAAAAUAUGAUGAUUAGAAAGUGGUUACCACAGCGUGAUAUACUUUUGCACCCAAAUGUGAAACUAUUCAUCAGUCACGGAGGUGUAUCUGGGAUAUACGAAACCGUGGACGCUGGAGUCCCAGUUCUUGGAUUUCCCUUGUUUGGUGAUCAGCAGAGAAAUAUAGACAAUUUAGUCAACGCAGGAAUGGCUAUUUCAAUAGACCUCUUGUCUAUAACAAAGGAUAGUUUCUUAAGAAAUGUUUUAGAACUUCUCAACAAUAAAAAGUACAAGGAAAACGCUGAAAUCAUUUCAAAAAUAUUCAAAGAUCGACCAAUGUCGCAAGCUGAAUCCGUUGUUUACUGGACAGAGUAUGUUCUUCGGCACAAAGGGGCACCACAUUUGAAAUCUCAAGCAUUUAAGCUAAGUUGGUAUCAAUACUACUUAUUAGAUGUCUUAGUUGUAGUAUUAGUUUUUAUUUCUGUUGUAAUUUUUAUCACUAGCAAAAUUGUCACAUCAAUAUUUAUAGGUAUAGUUUAAUUUUUUGUAAAUAUUAUAAAUCAAAGCCAAAAUAAUUGAUCUAAAUAAAAAAUAUGUAUUAAUAGGGAA